AUGCCAAAGGAUCUGGGAGAAGAAGUAGCCAAAAGAUUGGACCAAGUCACUGGUCAUAGCCCUACCGAAAAAGGGCAACCUGAAGUUGUACGAGAAUUGCGCAAUAUCAGCCUCAUCUACCAUGCCAGCAAAGUCAUGCUAUGCAUCAUCCUUAAUCGAUUGGAAAAUAAGGUCGAGGAACUGCUGACCGAAGAGCAGGCUGGAUUCAGAGCAGGACGGAGCACAGUUCAACAUAUCUUCAGCUGCAGAAUCAUCGUUGAGAACAACCUCUGUCCGGACGACAUCGAUCUCUUCACGGCAAUAGUGACAGAGCGAAGAAGUAACGGGGCCAUCGUAGGGCCACUGGGCCAGUGUAUCAUCGCAGACAUGUUCAAGCGUUUCCGCGAUGGUGACAGGUUUUUCUUUGAGCGCAACGACCCUUUAAUUGGCUUUACUGAAGCUCAACUGAAUGCUAUUAAGAAGAUUAGCAUGUCGUCGUUGAUAUGUAUAACCACUCGGACGUCCACCAUGCAAGACAAUGCAUUUUUGUUCAACACGAGUAAAAAACCCUGCAGCGAAUUCCCAGUACUUGACUUUGGUCUUUGGAAGCAGACUUAAUGCAGUGCAGAGUCUCAACAUUCCUUUUUCCACGGUAAUCACUUUCGGAAGACGACCGGUUUCACCCUCGAGCUUGGGC